UUGGGUUUGGGGUUGGGUAUGGGGAGUUAGUCGUAUUCAAUGAUACCUUUUCGAAUGGUAGUUUUUAAGUGACUUCGCCCCUUGUAUAAUAUCACAGGAAAGAAAUCAUCUGGUAAAAUGAUGUGGUCAUGUUAUUCUCUGUGGAAUUAUUAUUCAAAGUUCUUUCCGCAUUGGUUAAUCAGUAUCAGCAGUCAUAAUUUAUGUUUCUAUUGUCUACAAUGUAUGACGUGUCUGCCUUGUUUCCUUAAGACAUUGGUAUGAAUAUUUCUUGCAGAAAAUAGAACCCAAGAGCCUCAUAAGUAUUAAUGUUGUAUACUUGCUGUGUAGUCGAACACUACUUACGUUAAUGCUGCUGUACAUAGCGCGCGCGCGUGUGUGUGUGGAUUGUUCCUUAUUGUGAAAGAUAUACACUUAUUAUACAUUUAAGAUGUCACCAUGAAAUGUCUUAAAGUGUUCAUUUAUUGUGAAGUUGUGCAAGUGUAUACAGCAAUUCCCAAUGUUAGUAUUAUCUAGAUAUGUAUAUUCGUAUUAUGAUGUUAUAUUAACUGGAUUAUGAAUGAAAAAGUGAAGUGCAACAUAUAGGUUAUGUUGCAAUGUUUUGAAUGGGGCUUCAAAAUUGCUUGAAUUUGUGUGAGAAACAUCGUCAUUUAAAAUAUAAACUUACCCUGUUUUGAAAUUUGAUGUAGUCCCCCUGUAGAGGAGAUGCCUCUUACUUUAAUUUGUAACCGAGUGCUUUACACGAACCAAGAUCUAUGAUGUGGUUUCACAUUAACCUGUUGAUUUAUUGGGAAUGAUCCUGUUAGUGCAACGUGAUUGCCAAUGGAACUGGAACAGCCGCAAUUUAGGCUGCAGAUGAGUGACACGACACGAGUGAUUUGUGACCUGUCAGUUUCAAGAUUUCACGGCAUUCGACGCCAAUAUUUGAAAGAAAUGUGACAGUUUUGGUUCUGACACAGAGGUUCUGUAUAAUUAGUGAGAAAACGCUACAUUCACCAUGAUCUAUCGUUAGUUUCGCCCUAUGAAUUAGUGUCCUGUGUCAACUAUGUAUACGCUCAUAGGCUUCAAACAUUCCAUUGAUGCACUGAGUGCAUCUGCUGAAAUGUCAACAGUCAAGGCUGGUGAAAAAUAAUCGUGUGAAGAUAAUUAUUUCCACCCUUGACAUCCAGACUAGGCCUAUUUUGGAAGAUUGACCGUUGUUGCUUCAAGGUAAAUAUUAAUGUCAAUGACUUUAUUGCUCUCACAUAUACUUUUGUGGAUUUUGUACUACCACUAUAGUGUGUCCACCCGUUGUAAUUACUUUGCAGUAAUUUGUACCGAUUUGUAAACUUAGUUAAUUCUAUAUGACAGUUGUUGAUUGUAUAGCAUUUCUUUGCCUUUUGUUUUUGGUAUGCCGUCUGUGACAGUUUAACUCAAACUGAUAUUUUCAACUUUAGCCAAACUAUUGUUAACAAGGAGAUAAGUACAUAUCUAAAUAUGCUACCAGUGACAAAGUCGAGGAACUGACGUCUUUGCACGCGGAGAAAACAAUCAAGUAAAGUUCAAGGAAUUGCUUCAUGCAUGAAGUCGCUGAGGUCAAAUAUCGCAUUUCCAUGAUAAUACAUCAAACGUUUUGAAUGAUUGCGGAAACCUAACUUCACACAUCUGAAAGAGAAUAUUUUAUAUUGAAUCUGUUUUUUUACAGUUUUAUUGUAUAUACCUUUUUUAUGAUUGCAAAGAUUAUUCCUGUGGCUAUACGGCUGAAAUUUUGACGAAAUGAUGUUGUGUAACACAAUCACUAACUGAAACAGGAACGCGACUAUUGAGAUAACCUACAACGAUAACAUCAAACCCUAUUGUAAUAACUAACCUGGCCGUCUAUGUGAGCAUUGUCAAAACCUGUCAGUUCUCGUGUGUUUGACACAUGUGCAGGGCUGUAGGUCACCAGAUCCACUUUCUUACCUCUUACGAGCCGCAUAGACUGCAAGUGACCAAACAUAACCGGGAACUAGAUGUUUUAGAAUCAAUGCAGAAACUGAUCAUUGUUUUUGAAAGGAAAGGGCAUUGUUAUACAGGAUAUAUGAAGUCUACUGGUAUAAGUAUAUUUAAGCCUCGCUUAAUUGGAUAUGUGUUAAAUGCUUCUUCAAAACCGAUGUUAAACUGUUCGUGCUUGUGAAUUAUGUUACCUUUCUUUUGCCUCACAUCAUCAAUACCCCACGGGCUUGACAGCACUGCAUUCUUCUAUAUGAAGCAAUGUCAACACACAUCGUUCUUUACUAUAAGGUAGCAAUAUAGUGUAAAGACGGAAUAUAUAAAUAUUUAAAAGCACAAAUAUAUUGGCAUACAAAUAUAUAUAACUAUAAAUAAUAAAUACACAUAUAUAUUUGUGUUAGUUUUAAGCCACACACAAACCUACAAACAUAUGAGGCUAUGACAAUGCGAGCAUGUUAUUGAUUUUACCAUGUAACCUGCCAAACAUAGCACUGACCAAAGAUAAUAGAACUUCAGGACAGAAGACGGAUCCUUGUCAGACAUUGAAGGCUUUUUUAGCAAUGGUUUUAAACUCACUAACGAGGCCGUAGAGUCAACUAAACAACUGCUAAACAAGGUAACGUCUUCUUUGGACAACCACACAGCAGAUGAGGAGUAGAGCUGACCAGACAUCUACAAGUUACGACAUCAUCGGCUUCUUCUUUCAAAAGGAUGUUGCAGGAGUCUCACAUUGAGAAACAAUAUACGAGGACAGGCGUAGGCUUUGUACCUGCCAACCUGACCCACCUUUCCUCCGCAAUCCAGGGAGCAGGACUGAUAAGGUCAGUCACGUACUUCCCAACACAGAGGCCGGGAUAUGUACCAGGGGCUGACAGAUACAUUGCAAUCACACUGACACCUGCAGAAUUUCAAAAGGUCGCUGAUGUGGACAAGACGAUUUCCAGUGGAGAUGAAGCCAUUUCAUGUCCGCACCUUGAAUGGCACUGCAGUACAGCGAGUGACGACAUCACUGUAUCUGAUACUUUGGUAACAAAUGAAAAGCCCAAGACUCCGCCCAAAGACAUAGAAUGUCGAAAAAGGUCGUGGAGACGUCUGUUGACAUCAAGACCUUUGGUUAUCAGAGGUGGAAGCCGAGAGAUGUUUCUGGUGAAAGUCAGCUUCUCUUUGAAAAAAGGGUCACUGAGAAAAGAAGCAUGGUGUUUGAGACAGCAAUGAUUGCCAACCCCGCAGAUACUUGCUGGAACCAAUCAACUGGACUGAGUGUACGUAUCAUAGGAUGUCCAAAGCAUAAGCACCAGCUUUGUCUCUGGGUGAGGUUUGAUGGCAAACUCCUCUCUGAUAUACCUAUUGUUUGCAAUCAAAUUGGUAAGGCAGGUGCCUUACAUCUAGACACUCUACUGGGCGGUAGGAGCAGUAAGAUUUAUGUUGUUGACAUUGGCAACACUACAGUGAUUCAGUCUGUGACUGACACUGUGUGUGAAAGAACAUUCUGGGUCAUGGUGUAUCUAGAUGCAUCCCAAGAUUCAAACAUGACGUGUGAACUAAUAUCAGGUCAAAACCUUACACUAUCAGAAGGAAUGACCCAGUUGUUAUCUCUGAAGGGAAAUGACUAGACGGUGAAUAAACGCGUAAAACAUCAUCAGAGGGGAUGGUCUCCAGGACCCGACGUCCAUAGUGAAAGAAUAAAGAGUUCGUGAUCAUUCCUCCCGUACAGAUCUCAGCGACCAUUGUGUGCAUCCCAUCCUUCCUUGCUCACCCGAAAGGCUCGAACCAUAUUGUAUGUCUUAAAUUCAACUCUACUAUUUUUUAUGUCCGAUGUGGAAGGACACGUGAAGAAAAUGAUGGCGAUGUAAUUCCUUGUUUUAACUUUUCUUUAUGUUCCCGCGUUUGUGCAGGUGAACUCUUGAAUUACUUUUGCAUGUGUUUGUGACGGGUGCCACUGGUGGACCUGGAUGCUCUUACCUUACGUGUACACUUCGUAUCAUCACUAAGUGAUGGUGAUUCAUAGACACCUGCUCAUGAUAUAGUCGGAAUCGUACAACAGACUUUGCCUUUAAGCAGAGAUUUCUUUUGAUUCUGUAAAGGCUUUUGUCGCUAAAUACGCAAUGCUGAUAGUUCUUAAUAUAUCUUUACAGUAC